AUGCGUAACUUCGUCAAGGCAGUCUCAAAUCAAGAGGGCCGCCCUGUAGGAGUUGUCAUCAAUGACGGCCUGCAUUCUUUUUAUCCCGAGCAACGCCGGGUCUCCAAAGGAGUUAAAAGGCCUCCAAAGACCUCCAAAGGAUUCCACAGACCUCCAAAGGAUUCCAAAGACCUCGUAAGGGCUUCAAAGGACUCCAAAGGACUCCAAAGGCCUCCAAAGGCCUCCAAAGGCCUCCAAAGGAUUCCGAGACCUCCAAAGGUUUUCCAAAGACCUCCAAAGGAUCUCCAAAGACCUCCGAAGGCCCCCAAAAACCUGCAAAGGUCACAAAACCCUCCAAGGGAUUCCGAAGACCUACAAAAGAUUCCAAAGACCUCCAAAGGACUUCAAAGGACUCCAAAGGGCUCCAAAAGUUUCCAAAGACCUCCAAAGGAUUCCGAAGACCUCCAAAGGACUCCAAAGAACUUCAAAGGACUCCAAAUACCUCCAAAGACCUCCAAAGGAUUCCAAAGACCUCCAAAGGACUUUAAAGGACUCCAAGAUGUGGUUCGGAAGUCACGUAAAGCCGCUUCCAAAGGCCCCCAAAGGCCUCCAAAGGAUUCCGAAGACCUCCAAAGGAUUGUAAAGACCUGCAAAGGAAUUCAAAAGACUCCAAAGGACCCCAAAGACCUACAAAGACCUCCAAAGGAUUCUGAGACCUCCAAAGGACUCAAAAAGAACUUCAAAGGACUCCCAAAUACCUCCAAAGACCUCCAAAGGAUUCUGAAGACUUCCAGAGGACUUCAAAGGACUCCAAAGAGCUUCAAAGAUCUCCGAAGGAAUCCAAAGGCCUCCAAAGGAUUCCAAAGACCUCCAAAGGACUCCAAAGAACUUCAAAGGACUCCAAAUGCCUCCAAAGACAUCAAAAGGAUUCUGAAGACCUCCAAAGGACUUCAAAGGACUCCAAAGGGCUUCAAAGAUCUCCAAAGGAAUCCAAGGAUUCCAAGACCUCCAAAGGAUUCCAAGACUCCAGAGACUUCAAAGGACUCCAAAGGGCUCCAAAAGCCUCCAAAGGCUUCCAAAGGAUUUCGAAGACCUCCAAAGGCCUCCAAAUUACUAAAAAAUCCCAAGACCACCAAAGGAUUCCAAAGACCUUUAAAGAACUUCAAAGGACUCCAAAGGACUCCAAAGGCCCCAAAGCCCUGCAAAGGAUUCCGAAGGCCUCCAAAGGCUUCCAAAUCACUAAAAAAAUCCAAAGACCUCCAAAGGAUUCCAAAGAGACCUCCGCAAAGGGCUUUCAAAGGGUACUCCACAGGGCUCCAAAAGCCCUCCAAAGACCUCCAAGGAUUCCGAAGACCUCCAUAG